AUUGGCAGAAUGCAGAACACCGAAACCUUAGUAACACACAAAUUCACCACAAAAUACGCGUAAAGAUAUUGGCCAUCCUAGCACCGCCUACUGCAACUAUGCGUUUUUCGGCAGCUGUCAUUUAACAAUCGUGACGUUUGCGAUUGUUUUGACUUUAUACAUGGUUUGUUUUGUUUAGAUUUGAAGCCGGAAAGUGUACAGCGCGGCAAUACUGCAGACUCUACUUUCAAGAUAAUCAACCAUGGAUAACGACGAUGAACAGGAAAUACAAAAGAGUUUAUUAAAAAAUAGCCUGCAAAAACAACUCGAUGAAUUCCAAAUGCUUUCGGCAAUUUUCUGCAAUGCAGGUGAACUUCAAGUGGACGAUUACAGUUGCAUCGACAAUCUGGACAGCUACAUCAAUGGUGAAACUGAUCGGCUACACACAAAGCUAGAUUAUCGAUUCGAUCUGCCACUGCUACAAGAUCAGAAAGUACAAAUUUUGGUAGAACUGCCACAUCUCUAUCCAGCGCUGGAAAUACCACGAAUCGUCAUCCGCUCGUCUGGGAUACCGCGCGAUCAGGAACGCAUGCUCACCAGCAAGAUCGAACAAUACAUCGAGGAAGAGGUGGUAGAACGUGAUGAACCCUACGUCUAUCAGGUGAUUGGCUGGAUACAGGACAACUUUACCGAACUCCUGCAAACGACCGGUGAGAAGAAAGAACACCCAACCGUUCCUUCCAAACGCUCCGACACCGCAAAUGAGCCGAUCGUAUUCGAAAGGUUAUGGAUAUAUUCACACCAUCUUAAGAGCAAAACGAAGCGGCAAACUAUUAUCAAAACUGCACGGGACCUGAAGCUGUCCGGGUUUUCACGACCAGGCAAACCGGCCAUCAUAUGUGUGGAGGGACAGCAAAGUGAUACGCAAGAGUUUUGGCGCACGAUAAAACCUCUCAAAUGGCAAAAGAUACAGAUCAAGUUUAACGAAACAGAAACGGUUAGCGAUGAAAAGGAAAUGGCGGCACUGCGGCACUUUGAGAGCGUUUUCCGGGAGGAACUGUUCUGCGAGAUGGACGAAGAUUCCGACACGGAGGAUCAACCGAUGAGCAUGAGUUUGUUCAUGAAGUUUCUAGAAAAGCACAGCUGUGGUUACAUCAAGAAGGAACUGUUUGGAUUUCAGAACGCGAGCGAAGCCCCGAUCAGCUAGUCCGGCGCAAUGGAAGGGAGGAUCUUUUCUCCAUGAUCGUUACCAUUUUCGAUAUUCAAUAAACACGCGUAUUGAAGGUU